AUGAUUAUCGGUUGGGGAAGUCCAAGGAAGAACACAACCGCAUCAAAGGAGUCAUCCGGUUAUGGUUCAGGCAGUUCUGAAUCGGAUCCGGAAUUUGAUCAGUGGAUAUCUAUGCUUAUCGUUAACCUAUCAGCACAGAAGAAAGAUGGAUACAGAUUUUGUGUUCACCUAUCAGACAUUGACGUUGAUUUUGUUUUUCAAAAACAGUGCGAUGAAUUUCAGUUGGAAAAGAGUAGACGAAGGAGUGUACCUGCGUAUCUACGAGAAGCUUUCCCCAGCGAAAUAUUUCGUGUGCUCGAAACAGGUGGUGUGCUGCAAUUCGAAACUGAUGCGGACACCGGAUUAAGCACACCAACAGCUGCAACAGUGUUGGGUCAUCGCAGUAUCAAUAGACCGGAAUCGGUGCUUCAGUUGGCCAGAAAAUUCGCUGAAGCCAGCGCUGUGCAGGUUGACUCAUUCAUUCAUGCAUUCACAAAUAGUCAGCAAUGA